CUGGAUUCUGCAGUCACCACAACAGCAUCCUCUCCCUGCGCCAGGGACCUGCCAGCUGGAGAGAUGACUGAUUAGACCACAUCAGAUCCGAGCCCUGCUCCUCAGAAGGGGGGCCCAGGGGUGGGGAGGAGGACCCCAGCCGGCCUGAGCUGCGGGGAGGGGCGCCUGAGGGCUCAGAGAGUUACAGCUUUUCAGCGCCGGGCUCACACACCUCAGAAGCCGCCAUAAUGAAAGACGGAACACAUUUCUACACCCACUGACCGGCCAGGUCCCAGAGGAAAACAAAAAGUUUGACUUGAAAAUAUCGACCUUGGACAUGUCCAAUAAAACAGGUGGGAAACGCCCAACUACCGCCAACAGUGACCUAUCCAACCACAACAUGGUGUCCGAGGUCCCUCCAGAGCGGCCCAGUGUCCGGGCCACCCGGACGUCCCGCAAGGCCAUCGCUUUCGGCAAGCGCUCGCACUCCAUGAAGCGGAACCCCAGUGCUCCUGUCACCAAGGCAGGCUGGCUUUUCAAGCAGGCCAGCUCCGGGGUUAAGCAGUGGAAUAAACGCUGGUUCGUCCUGGUGGAUCGCUGCCUCUUCUACUAUAAAGAUGAGAAGGAGGAGACCGUCCUGGGCAGCAUCCCCCUCCUGAGCUUCCGGGUGGCUGCGGCGCAGCCCUCAGACAACAUCAGUCGAAAACAUACCUUUAAGGCUGAGCACGCCGGGGUCCGCACCUACUUCUUCAGUGCCGAGAGCCCCGAGGAGCAGGAGGCCUGGAUCCAGGCCAUGGGGGAGGCUGCCCGAGUACAGAUCCCCCCAGCCCAGAAGUCGGCGCCCCAGGCCGCAUGUCACAACCACGAGAAGCCAGACUCUGAGAACAUCCCACCCAGCAAACACCACCAACAACCCCCCCAAAACAGCCUUCCCAAGCCUGAACCAGAGGCCAAGACACGAGGAGAGGGUGAUGGCCGAGGCUGCGAGAAGGUGGAGAGGAGGCCUGAGAGGCCUGAAGUCAAGAGCGAGCCUCUGGUGAAAGCCAAUGGUGUCCACGCUGGACCAGAACCAGCCUCAGACCCGGGCAGCCCUUACCCAGAGGGCCCAAGGGUCCCAGGAGGUGGGGAGCGGCCCACCCAGCCCAAUGGCUGGCAGUAUAGCUCCCCAAGCCGGCCGGGGAGCACAGCUUUCCCACCUCAGGACUCAGAAAGUGGGGGGCACCGGCGGAGCUUCCCCCCACGUGCCAACCCCGACAAAAUCGCCCAGCGCAAGAGCUCCAUGAACCAGCUUCAGCAGUGGGUGAACCUGCGCCGAGGGGUGCCCCCUCCUGAAGAUCUUCGGAGUCCCUCUAGGUUCUACCCUGUGUCCCGUAGGGUCCCUGAGUAUUACAGCCCCUACUCCUCCCAGUACCCUGAUGAUUACCAGUACUACCCGCCAGGGGUACGGCCGGAUAGCAUCUGCUCCAUGCCGGCCUACGAUCGGAUCAGCCCACCCUGGGCCCUGGAGGACAAGCGGCACUCCUUCCGGAAUGGAGGCGGCCCCGCCUUCCAGCUGCGUGAGUGGAAGGAGCCUGCCGGCUAUGGGCGGCAGGAUGGCACCACCUGGAUCCCCAGCCCCUCCCGGCAGCCUGUCUAUUAUGAUGAACUGGAUGCCGCCUCCGGCUCCCUGCGCCGCCUGUCCUUGCAGCCCCGUUCCCACUCUGUGCCCCGCUCGCCAAGCCAGGGGUCCUACAGCCGCGCCCGCAUUUUCUCCCCCAUCCGCUCACCCAGUGCCCGUUUCGAGCGGCUGCCACCUCGCAGUGAGGACAUCUAUGCUGACCCUGCUGCCUAUGUGAUGAGGCGAUCCAUCAGCUCCCCCAAGGUCCCUCCAUACCCAGAAGUGUUCCGGGACAGCCUCCACACCUACAAGCUAAACGAGCAAGACACAGAUAAGCUGCUGGGCAACUUGUGUGAGCAGAGCAAGGUGGUGAGGGAGCAGGAACGGCUGGUGCAGCAGCUCCGAGCUGAGAAGGAGAGCCUGGAAAGUGCCUUGAUGGGGACCCAUCAGGAACUGGAGAUGUUUGGAAACCAGCCUGCCUACCCAGAGAAGCUGCUACACAGGAAGGAGUCGCUGCAGAGCCAGCUCAUCCACAUCCGGGUGGAGCUGUCUCAGGCAACCACGGCCCUGGCGAGCAGCACCAUGGAGUACGAGGGCCUGGAGGCAGAGGUCUCUGCCCUGCACGACGAGCUCUGGGAGCAGCUCAGCUUGGACUUUCAGAAUGAGGUGCUCAACCGACAAAUCCAGAAGGAGAUCUGGAGGAUCCAGGAUGUGAUGGAGGGGCUGAGGAAGAAUAACCCGUCCCGGGGCACAGACACAGCCAAGCACAGAGGAGGACUUGGCCCCUCAGGCACCUACAGCUCCAACAGCCCCGCCAGCCCUCUCAGCUCCACCAGCCUCACCAGCCCCCUGAGCCCUUUUUCAUUGGUGUCUGGCUCUCAGGGGUCCCCCACUAAGCCCGGGUCCACUGAGCCCAAGGCAAGCUAUGAGCAAAGCAAGAAAGACCCCCACCAGACAUCACCCCUGGACACCACUAGAGACGUCAGCCUUGUGCCCACCAGGCAAGAGGUGGAAGCAGAGAAGCAGGCAGCUCUCAACAAAGUUGGCAUUGUGCCGCCUCGGACAAAGUCACCCACUGACGAAGAAGUGACCCCAUCAAGGGUGGUGAAGAGGAGUGCCAGCGGGCUCACCAAUGGACUCUCCGCCCGGGAGCGCCCCAAGAGUGCUGUGUUCCCUGGCGAGGGCAAAGUCAAGAUGAGCGUGGAGGAGCAGAUUGACCGCAUGCGGCGGCACCAGAGUGGCUCUAUGAAGGAUAAGCGGAGGAGCCUGCAGCUCCCGGCCAGCCCGGCCCCCGACCCCAGUGCCCGGCCUGCCUACAAAGUGGUGCGCCGUCACCGCAGCAUCCAUGAGGUGGACAUCUCCAACCUGGAGGCAGCUCUGCGGGCAGAGGAGCCUGGUGGGCAGGCCUACGAGACACCCCGGGAGGAGAUUGCCCGGCUCCGCAAAAUGGAGCUGGAGCCCCAGCACUAUGAUGUGGAUAUCAGUAAGGAGCUCUCCACCCCAGACAAAGUCCUCAUCCCUGAGCGGUACAUUGACCUGGAGCCUGACACUCCCCUGAGCCCAGAGGAGCUGAAGGAGAAGCAGAAGAAGGUGGAGAGGAUCAAGACGCUCAUCGCCAAGUCCAGUAUGCAGAACGUGGUGCCCAUCGGCGAGGGGGACCUUGUGGACGUGCCCCAGGACUCAGAGAGCCAGCUGCAGGAGCAGGAGAAGCGGAUUGAAAUCUCCUGUGCCCUGGCGACCGAGGCCUCCCGCAGGGGCCGCAUGCUGUCUGUGCAAUGUGCCACCCCAAGCCCUCCCACCUCCCCUGCCUCCCCGGCUCCACCAGCCAACCCCCUAUCGUCUGAAUCCCCACGGGGCGCCGACAGCAGCCAUGCCAUGCGGGUCUGAGCUCUGACUGCAAGCCCUGGCUGAGGCCAACGCCGUGAAGCUCCACAGAACCACGUUCUGAAGCCUGCCUCUGCCCAUCCUGGCCCCCUGGCCCCCCGCCCCUGUGCUCCCAUGGGAAUGCCACAGAGAGCCAGGCUGGGGGCCGGGCUUCUGCCGAGAGGAGCACAGAUGCCUCGGUGCCCACAUACCCACGGCACCCGGCCCUGAAGUCCUUGCUGCUCAGACAGUGGUCCUAGGCCAGGGCGUGAGAUGGUGGGGCGAGGAGCGCCAUCCUAUCUGAUGCCCACGGCACAGGGAGCCUAGGUCUGGCUCUAGCUGGGGUUGUGAUGGCCCUACUGGAACACUCCCUGAUGGAGAAGAUGCCCUGGUGGGGAAUGCGCCCUGGGCUAUCUUAGGUUAGGACUCCUCUCUUGACACCGAGAACAGCACCCACCAUCACCCCCUUCCCCCAUCACCCCCGCCGUCCUGCCCCAGUGGUGCCCAGGGUCUUGGCACAUCUCUGCUUAUGGGUACUCCUUUGGGGUCCAGUGGAGACUGACCACCCUGCCUGAGCCAAAGACAAGAUGAUGAGAGAUGGGGAGAGGCUCCUCGGCUCCCAGAAGACAGUGCUGGCUGUGGAUAGAGAGAAGCGGGUCUGUGCAGUGUCUGAGGGCAGGUUGAGAAGGGUAGCAGAGAGAGAGGGA